AUGCCUCCUAAGUCUUCUGGUUUUUCCUCUUCAUCUGUUCUUAUCGAGGAUCAUUCUUUUUUCUCCAUUGCCCCCUUGGUCGCCACUUGGUUGUUAGGCAUCCUUCCCAAGGCUGACAUCCUUGAGGUAGGGAGGCUUAGCAUUUCGAAGAAGACCUCUAGUCUGGUUGUGUUAGAAAAGGCUAAUGCCAAGAAGGAAGUUGCUUAUCUGAGGCCAAAGCUGGAAGAGGCCGACAAGAAGUGUUCUGGACUUGAAUCCAAGGUGAAGAUCAAUGACAACCACAUCAAGGUCCUGCAAAAGGAGGCUGCCGAGGGCUAUGCAGGUUAUGAGGAUCUGAGGGAUUAG